AAUGACUUGCAAAUAUUUAAUUUGCAUUGUUGGCAAAACAUUUUUAGUGCCACAAUAAAAUGUGUCAGAAAAAUAAUUCUGACUGCAAUCACAUUCACACGUACUUGUUAAGAUAGGUCAGUUAAGGUUAUCUGCUCUAAGAGUAUUCUGGAUUCGACAAUAAAAUUCUGAUGCCUAAUGUUAUUUAAAUUAGUUUUAAUUUAAGGUUUUAUUCGAUCGGUAAAGUUCGAGAUGUUUGACGGUUUCACGUGGACAGUUCUUAUUCUCAUAAUAUUUCUGUUUUUAUGGCUUUUAAAAAGAUAUUUACGUGUUCUAUACUUAUCGCAGCAAUUUUUGGGUCCGGUGCCGUGGCCACUAAUCGGAAAUGCAGAUAUAUUUUUUAAUAUAAAACCGGAAGAAGUGGUUUUAGUUGUUGCAAAUUUAUUCGAAAAAUAUGGUAAAACCGUCAAAAUUUGGUUUGGGUUUGAAUUUUCGAUAUUUAUGAGCGAAUUAAAAGAUGUGGAGUUAGUGCUCGGCACAACGGUGCUAUUGGAUAAAUCAAGUGAAUAUAGCUUACUGCGUCCAUGGCUGACUGAAGGUUUGCUGAUCAGUCGCCCUAGAAAAUGGUUCAAGCGAAGAAAGGUGUUAACUCCAGCAUUUCACUUUAAAAUACUCGAUCAAUUUAUAGAAAUAUUUAAUCGUGAGUCAACUGUGUUUGUCAAGAACCUACAACAAAGCAUUAAGAAUUCAGAAGCUAUUGAUUUGAAUCAAUGGAUCACACUGUUGACACUUGAUACAAUUUGCGAAUCUGCAAUGGGCGUUUCCAUUAACGCACAAACUAAUGCUGAUUCGGAAUAUGUAAGAGCUGUAAAAACAAUUUCAACUGUAAUGCAUAAACGAAUGUUUGAUAUUUUAUAUCGGUUUGACCUGACCUACAAAUUUACAAAAUUAGCACAGGAAGAGAAAAAGGCAUUGAAUGUGCUUCACAGCUUUACUGAGAAAAUUAUUGUACAAAGGCGCGAGGAAAUACUCAAGGCUCAAGAAAACAAAACUAAAUCUUCUGAAAAGAAUGAAGACAUCACCGAUGUGGGCGCCAAACGAAAAAUGGCUUUUCUUGAUAUACUAUUACAAUCAGAGGUUGAUGGAAAGCCAUUGACUAAUUUAGAUAUACGUGAAGAAGUAGAUACUUUUAUGUUUGAGGGGCACGACACUACGUCCUCGGCUAUAAAUUUCUUUUUCUAUAACAUUGCGAUAAAUCCAGAAUGCCAACGAAAAUGUGUUGAAGAGAUUGUAUCUGUGCUUGGCAAAGAUAAGAACACAAAAGUUACUUAUGAAUAUUUAAAUCAACUGCACUAUAUUGAGUUAUGUAUUAAAGAAACCUUAAGACUUUUUCCAUCAGUGCCACUUUUAGGUCGAAAAGUACUCAACGAAUGCGAAAUAAAUGGAAAAACAAUUCCAGCAGGAACGAACAUAGGAAUAUCACCAUUACAUUUAGGUCGCAUGGAAGAACUGUUUCCAGAUCCAAAUUCUUUUAAGCCAGAACGAUUUGACGUUGUAACAAGUGCUGAAAAAAUGAAUCCAUAUGCGUAUAUACCAUUUUCAGCUGGUCCACGUAACUGUAUUGGCCAAAAAUUUGCUAUGUUGGAAAUUAAAACCGUAGUCGCAAAUGUGUUACGUAACUUUGAAGUCGAAUUUGUUGGAAACGCGGAAAUUCCGCCGAUGUUAAUAGCUGAACUCAUCCUUAGACCAAAGGACCCGUUAAUGUUUAAAAUGACUCCACGCGUAUAUUAAAUAAUGAUUUAUAUUAUUACAUUUUUAUAAUAAAUUUUCAAUAUGUAAA